CAGCUGGCUGGUGUUUACGGACAUAUUUAAUCACUCCUUAUCCCAGUCUGUUGUCCCCAUAUGCUUCAAGAUGGAUACCAUUGUUCCUGUACCCAAGAAGGCAAAGAUAACUGAACUAAAUGACUACCGCCCUGUAGCACUCACUUGUCAUCAUGAAGUGCUUUGAGAGGCUAGUCAAGGAUCAUAUCACCGCCACCUUACCGGACACCCUAGACCCACUUCAGUUUGCGUACCACCCCAACAGGUCUACAGAUGAUGCAAUCGCCAUCGCACUGCACACUGCCCUAUCCCAUCUGGACAAAAUAAUACCUAUGUAAGAAUGCUGUUCAGUGACUACAGCUCAGCAUUCUACAGCAUAGUACCCUCCAAGCUCAUCAUCAAGCUGGAGGCCCUGGGUCUCAACCCCUCCUUGUGCAACUGGGUUCUGAACUUUGACGGGCUGCCCCCAGGUGGUGAAGGUAGGAAACAACAUCUCCACUUCGCUGACCCUCAACACUGGGGCCCCACAAGGGUGUGUGCUCAGCCCUCUCCUGUACUCCCUGUUCACCCACGACUGCGUGGCCAUGCACGCCUCCAACUCAAUCAUCAAGUUUGCAGAUGACACUACAGUAAUGUGCUUGAUCACCAACAACGACGAGACAGCCUACAGGGAGGAGGUGAGGGCACUCGGAGUGUGGUGUCAGGAAAACAACCUCUCAAUGUCAACAAAACAAAGGAGAUGAUCAUGGACUUCAGGAAACAGCAGAGGGAGCACCCCCCUAUCCACAUCAAAGGGACAGCAGUGGAGAAGGUGGAAAGUUUUAAGUUCCUGGGCGUACACAUCACAGAGAAACUGAAAUGGUCCACCUACACACACAGUGUGGUGAAGAAGGCACCUUAGCGCCUCUUCAACCUCAGGAGGCUGAAGAAGUUUGGCUUGUCACCCAAAACCCUGACAAACUCUUACAGAUGCACAAUCGAGAGCAUCCUGUCGGGCUGUAUCACAGCCUGGUGCGGCAACUGCACCGCCCUCAACCGCAAGGCUCUCCAGAGGUUGGUGCGGUCUGCACAACACAUCCCCGGGAGCAAAUAACCUGCCCUCCAUGACACAUACAGCACCUGAUGUCACAGGAAGGCCAUAAAGAUCAUCAAGGACAACAACCACCCAAGCCACUGCCUAUUCACCCCGCUAUCAUGCAAAAGGCGAGUUCAGACUGUUCACACAAACUAAGGUGUGGCUAUUUCAUGGCUAUUUACCAUGGCUAUUUAUUGCAAGGAGUAAAGAGAGAAUGGACUGAGUUAGAGGGAGAGAGAAUAAGAAGAAAGGACGUCAAAUCAGUGUUCAAAAGCAACAGUUGAACUAAUCCAAGGUGAAUCUGGUAAAGGUGAAAGAUUUGAUAAUAUCUCAUCGGAACAUUGAAAGUGGUGUCGACAUGACCAAUACACAGACACCAGGUCCCCAGUAUGUGAACUAUGGAUUUCAAGAGGGGGCGGGAACUGAGGGAAGACCCCCUGCAAACGCUUCUGCCCUGCAGAUGCCCAACGUCCCCCUCUCUAUUUACCCUCAGUACACCCCUCAGACCAUCAACACCCACCACACAUUCACCCCUGGAUUACCACAUCCUGUCCCAGUACGAAAAGUGGUGAAGAAAAGUCGCUGUAAAUGUAUUGUGGCCUUAAUCCUAAGUGUCUUAGUUCUCCUUGGGGCAGCCGGAGCGUUGGUUUGGUAUUUCUUGUCCUACCAGUGUGUGUUGGGGAGGUCCUGUAGCGAGGGAGGUGUGUGUCUGAAUGCCUCUCAGUGGUGUGAUGGCAUCAGAGACUGUCCAGGAGGAGAAGAUGAGUCACAGUGCCUACGCCUUCAUGGGUCUGGUUUUGAGCUGCAGAGUUACUCAUCAGACAGUCAGACGUGGAAGCCAGUGUGUGCUGAUAACUGGAAUGACAACAUUGGCAGGGCCACCUGUCAGCAGAUUGGAUACAGCAGUGGGUCCUAUGUUCGGUUCUCACAAAAGAAACCAGGCUCCUUGGCCGUUGAUGGCUAUAUGAAGCUGUCAGGCUUUGACCCUCAUUCCCUUCUACAGGGGCAGCUAACCAGCAGUCCCUACUGCUCAUUACAAGCAGUCUCCCUGCAGUGUAUUGACUGUGGUGUGAGUGUCGCGCCCACUAGGAGCCGUAUUGUAGGAGGCGACAUAGCGGUGAGCGGGGCUUGGCCCUGGCAAGUCAGUCUGCACUCCAACUACCAACACCAGUGUGGAGGCUCCAUCAUCAGCCCUGAGUGGAUCAUCACUGCAGCCCACUGUGUAGAAACGCUAUCACAGCCCAGUCAGUGGACGGUGUAUGCUGGCUAUUUGAUCCAGAUACAGAUGGCUUAUGCCACUGGCAAUACAGUGGGACGCAUCAUCUCUCACGAAAAAUACGACAAGGAGACUAAGGAUAAUGACAUCGCUCUUAUGAAACUCAACACACCCCUCACUAUGUCAGAUAAGGUGAGACCAGUGUGUCUGCCCAACUCCGGAGUGAAUCUGACUCCCCAGCGAGAAGCCUGGAUCUCUGGAUGGGGGUCCAUUAGGAGUGAUGGGUUGGUGUCAGAAAACCUGCGUCAGGCCCAGAUCACCAUGUACAGCAGACACACAUGUAACGCACCGUUGGUGUACAAUAGACGUGUCACCACCUCUAUGAUCUGUGCUGGGACACUGGCAGGAGGAGUGGACUCAUGUCAGGGAGAUAGUGGAGGACCCAUGGUGGCCAAGGAGGGUUCAUUAUGGUGGCUGGUAGGGGACACUAGCUGGGGUAUAGGUUGUGCUCUGAAGAACAAGCCAGGAAUCUAUGGCAAUGUCUCCCACUUCCUCCCCUGGAUAUAUGAACAAAUGCAGAAAAAUUGAUGGAGAUACCAAUGAUGAUGGCCUCUUUUGCUAAUCAAAUUCACCUGUCUGAAAUGUGGCUUCUAAAUAAAUGACACGUACACUGCUUUCAGGGAUGAUUUUUGGUGCCUGUUGACUUAUAGGCAAAGGGUGGCUACAUUGAAGAAUCUAAAAUAUAUUUUGAUUUGUUUAACACUUUUUUGGUUACUACAUGAUUCCAUGUGUGUUAUUUCAUAGUUUUGAUGUCUUCACUAUUAUUGUACAAUGUAGAAAAUGGGAAAAAUAAAGAAAAACCCUUGAAUGAG